AAGAAAUCUUAUUUUUAAAUAAAUAAAUGGGAAAGAAGGAAACAAAAGAUAAAAAGCCUGCUUAAUUCAAGUAUUUAUUUUGAGAAUUACUUUUAGAAAGAUCUAUGAGUUGUUAUCAAAAUACUCUUAAGUAAUUAUAGUAGGAUUGGCAAAUGUUGGAUCGAAAUAAGUUUAAGACAUUAGAAGAAUUUUGGCAAAGAGAAAUGCUCUUUUAGUGAUAGGAAAGAAUGUAUAAAGCCAUAUUUAUAUAUAGACAUUAUUUAAGAAAGUUUUAUCAACAAGAGUGCAAGAUUUACCAGAAUCACAUGAAUAUUAUGAUGAAUUAAAGAAGUUUGGAGGAGCAAUAAGAGAAUUAGAUGUCUUAAAGAAUUAAGUAGCUGGUAAAGUAGGAUUCAUCUUUACUGAUACACCUGUAUUUGAUCUUAAGACAGUAAUUGAAGAAAAUAAAGUUGAAACCCCAGCUAGAGUUGGUGCAGUAGCUCCAAUUGAUGUUGUUAUUCCACCUGGUCCAACUGGUAUGGAUCCAGCAUCAAUUCAAUUCUUCCAUGCACUUUAAAUUCCAACUAAAAUUGAAAAAGGAUAAAUCUAAAUUACAAAAGACUUUGUGGUUUUGAAGACAGGAUAAAAAGUUGGUUAAUCAUAAGCUGUUUUAUUAUAAAAAUUGGGAAAGAAACCAUUUUUAUAUGGAAUGGAAGUGUUAGCCUGUUAUGACAAUGGAUCUAUUUUGAAUAAAUAAUAAGUAUCCGUUAAUUUGAAUGAUAUUGUUACUAAAUUCUAAAAGAAUGUAAGUAACAUUUCUGCUAUCUCAUUAGCUAAUGGUAAUAUAUAAUAUAUAAUAUUAUUUAGGUUGGGUUAAUGAAGCUUCAGCUCCAUAUUUAUUAGCUAAUGCAUUUAAAGAUUUGGCUGCUAUUGGAUUACAAUCAGGAUUUAUUUUUGAUUAAAUUAAAUAAUCCAAUGCUCCAGCUUAAACCUCUGCUCCUGUUGUUGCAAAAGUUGAGGAAAAACAAGCAUAAUAAGCUCCAGCUAAAGUUGAAGAACCUGAAGAAGAUGUCGAUAUGGGAGGUUUAUUUGAUUGAUAAAGU